AUGUUUUUAAAAACUGAUUUGAACAUAACUAAGCCAACUUUAAUUUCUGUAAAUAACGAUCAUGCGCAUGAAUCAAAUGAAAAUCUUAUUUCUGCGACUAAAAUAAAAAAUCUAAUGGUGGAAAAAGCUAAACUAGCAAACGAUUUACCUGCUCAAAUUUUCGCGGAAGUGGUAUCAAACGUACCCCAAAGAGAGUAUCGGGAAUAUGGAAAUGAAAGAUUUUUGCUGUAUGAUAAUGGCCCAAAUUCUGAUGAUAGAAUUUUAAUGUUCGCCACUGAUAACUUUUUGUCGUUAUUGGCCAAAUCUGAUACCUGGUUUGUUGACGGAAAUUUUGGCCUCGCUCCCGAAUUUUUUAAACAAUUAUACGUCAUUCGUGUGCAAAUAAAUUCCUUUUUUGUGACAUCAAAAUAUUGCAUUCUCAGAAAAAGUCAAUCUACAUAUGAAAAAAUAUUUAGUAUUUUAUUAAAAGAAUGUCAAGAUCGUGACUUGUACCCAGAUCCUAAAUUUUUACACUUAGAUUUUGAAUUAGCAGUCAUAAAUGCUGCAAAAAAUAUUUUUGGAACUCAUAUUACGAUUAACGGUUGUUUUUAUCAUUUGUGUCAAUCGACACAUAGAAAAAUUCAGAAACUUGGUUUGUCUGGGAUAUACAAAGAAGAUAAUAAUUUUCGAAAAUAUUGCGGUAUGAUUGAUGGAUUAGCUUUCCUACCACAGGAUAAAGUACUGGACGGAAUGACAUGUCUAAAAGAAAUAAUGCCUCCAGAUGCAGAAGACCUUUUAACUUAUUUUGAUUCGUAUUAUGUAAAUGGUACCUAUAGGCGUGUAGGUUCAGCUUCUACCUUGCAUUUUAGAAAAAUUCCACCUAUAUUUUCACCUUCCUCGUGGAAUGUACAUAAUGCCACUUUAGUAGGAGGGCAUCGAACAAACAAUAUGACUGAAGGAUGGAAUAACCGAUUUUCAAAACUAUGUGGACAUAAACAUCCAACUAUUUGGAAAUUAAUUAGAAAAAUAAAAAUGGAAAUUUCCGCAGAUAAAGCGAAAUUAGCUUUAGAUGCUGUAGAAGAUUCUAAAACUGUUAAAAAACUAGGGCAAACUCGGACAGUAGAAAAACGGCUGCACAUUUUAUGUAUACAAAUACAAGCGGGCAAUAUCGGUGUUUUAGAUUUUUUAACAGCCGUAAGUCAUAAUAUACGAAAAAGGUGUACCUAA